AGGAGGGCCACUAGCCCCAGCAACUCUCCUAAGCAGCCCGGCACCCCAGUUGCAACGCAGUCCUUGUGGAGGGAACCGCUAUGACACACUAGUUAGCAUGUUCGCACAAUUUACGUAAAUGGCGCUUGUAAAAAGAAAAUUAUAUCAGCGGUUGCUGUUCUCUGUCGUGUUACUUCAAUUCUCAGGUGUUUUCUGCUUCAGUGAAUUAUUUUUCAUCAAGGAGCCCCAUGAUGUCACAGUCAUGCGCAAAGAUGCUGUCAUUUUGGACUGUCAGGUGCACGGAGAGAUGCCAAUUGAUGUCCGGUGGCUCAAAAAUGGAGUAAAAGUGGUGGAAAAUGAGCGUGUAUACCUGCUCUCCAACAGCUCCCUUUAUAUUUCGGAGGUGGAGAGCAAAAGAGGAGACAAAUCAUAUGAAGGCUUCUAUCACUGCCUUGCCCAAAACAAGUAUGGAGCAAUCCUGAGCCAGCGGGCCCGUCUUACAAUCGCAAGUAUUUCCUCGUUUACAAUCCAGCCAAAGUCCAUCGUGGUAACUGAAGGCUCAGUUGCCAGAUUUUAUUGCAAAACCACGGCCCACCCUCCUCCAAUCAUCACUUGGGAGUUCAACCGGGUCACAUUACCCCUCGCCACUGAAAGAAUCACAGUCCUGCCCGGUGGUUUUCUUCAAAUCCACGGAGUGCAGCGGGCAGAUGCUGGCAGUUACCGUUGCGUCGCUACCAACAUUGUUAACCGGCGCCGCAGCACAGAGGCCACACUUACAAUCACCCCAGCUCCCAGCCCCCAACUUCCCCAGAGACCACGCAUCGUAGUCGGACCGCAAAACAUCUCCGUGUCGGUGCAUCAGAGUGCCACCUUAGAGUGUAUGGCCACAGGCAACCCCCGUCCCAUCAUUUCCUGGAGCCGGGCUGACAGCAAGUCUAUUGAUGUUUACCACACCAAAGUGUUGGGAAAUGGCAACCUCAUCAUCACAGACAUUAAGCCCCAGCAUGGAGGGGUGUACGUGUGUAGGGCCACCACUCCCGGCACGCGAAACUUUUCUGUUGCUGUAGCCAACGUUACUGUUCUAGCGCCGCCAUCCUUGGUGGAGUGGCCAGAGAGCUUGACACGUCCACGUGCCGGCACUGCUCGCUUUGUAUGCCAAGCUGAAGGAUUGCCAACACCUCACAUCACAUGGCUCAAGAACGGGGAGAGAAUUCACUCCAAUGGUCGCAUUAAGAUGUACAACAGCAAACUGGUCAUCAACCAGAUCAUUCCUGAGGAUGAUGCCAUUUAUCAGUGCCAGGCAGAGAACGAGCAGGGAUCUGUCCUCUCCAUGGCGAGGCUCAUAGUAGUGAUGUCGGAGGACCGCCCGAGCGCGCCACGGAACAUCCGAGCGGACACUGUGUCCAGUUCCGCCAUACUGCUGGCUUGGGACAGGCCGCUUUAUAACUCCGAUAAAGUUAUUGCAUACUCUGUUCACUACAUGAAAGCUGAGGGAUUAAACAACGAGGAAUACCAGGUUGUUAUUGGAAACGAUACCACUCGGUAUAUUAUUGAUGACCUGGAGCCAGCUCGCAACUACACCUUCUAUGUUGUGGCCUACAUGCCCAUGGGAGCCAGUCGCAUGUCAGAUCACAUGUUCCAACACACGCUUGAGGACGUUCCCCUGCGUGCCCCUGAGCUCAGCCUGACCAGUUGCAGCCCCACGGACAUCCAGGUGUCGUGGCAACCCCUCCCUGACAAGCUGAGUCGGGGUCGGGUCUCUGCCUAUCGUUUGUCCCACCGUACCAGUGCUGAGAGCUCAGUCUCUCAAAUUGAGUUGCCUGGAGAGAUGACAAAGUACCUCCUAGAAAACCUGAAGCCUGACACCAACUAUCUCCUGCGAAUAGCUGCCGCCACCAGCAUAGGGUGGGGUGAGCAGUCGGCCUGGACCUCUCACCGCACGCCAAAAGCAACUAGUGGUCAAGUUCCUCUGUCUCCUGAGCUGCAUUUGGAGCCCUUGAACUGCACCACUAUUUUGGUGCGCUGGCGACUGGCACAGAGGAAUUCGGCCACUGUGCAAGGCUUCAAACUGUUCUACCAUGAGGAGAGCGAGUCUGAGAGUGCCCCGGUUCAGCUGCGCGCCUCAGAUCAUUCACACGCCAUCGGAGGCCUCGACCCAAGAAAAAAGUACCAUGUAAAACUUCUGGCUUACAACUUCAUUGGAGAUGGCUACCAAGCAGACCAAACCAUCAGCACUCCUGGAUGUGUCUCCGUUCGAGAUCGCCUUGUGCCGCCUCCACCACCUCCACACAAUGUGUACGCAAAGACCAACAGUUCGUCUUCCGUCUUUCUUCACUGGGGUCGACCAGCCUUCACGUCCAGUAAUGCGGUCAACUACACCAUCCGCUGCAACCCUGUCGGUCUACAGAACGCCUCCCUGGUGCUCUACCUUCAGACGAAUGAGCAGAGUCUUUUGGUACGAGAUCUGGAGCCCAACACCAAGUAUGAAUUUGCAAUCCGUCUUCAUAUUGACCUACUCUCCAGUCCCUGGAGCCCUGUGGUCUAUCAGACUACCUUCCAUGAGGCUCCCACGUUGGCUCCUUCCAACGUAAAGGUGACGCUGAUCGAGGAAAACACAGCCCUGGUGUCAUGGAAACCUCCGGAGGAAGCGAAUCUGGCUAUCACACGCUACACAAUCCUUUACGCCUCCAGAAAUGAAUGGCUGGCAGGGGAAUGGCAGGUGCUGCAAAGAGAGGGGAGCAUCACCAUGGCGCUGCUGGAGAACCUGAAACUUGGCCAGUUCUACCUAGUGAAAGUGUCUGCUUCCAACAAAAUGGGUGACGGUCCUUUCUCUCACAUGGUGGAGCUGACAGUGCGAGCAGAUCAUUCCUCUGGUCACAAUCAUGGACUCUCACAUGACCCCACACACUCCACAGGCUUUUCCAGUGGCUUCUAUCACCUGGACCAAACUUCCAUGACAGGCAUCACGGUGGGAGUCUCCAUUGCUCUCAUGUGCAUCAUCAUCUGUGCUUUCAUUAUUGUGUGCAGACGCAAACACAGGAAAUCAUCAGCUGCUAAAGUGAACAGUGAUGGAAGGGGCCUGCCAAACUCUGCUGCUGGACAAAUGGACUCACAGGGCCCAGCUGAGGGCGCAAAUAUAAAUGUCUCCACAAUGAGGCAGAACCAUUUCAUUGAUACCAAGGGUGGAACCAAUCUCAUCAUCAAUUCUCUGGGCCCACUUCAACCUAAUACCGAGAAGAAAAACAAAUGGUUCUUCACAAGCAACGGCAACAAGGGUGUAAAAGAUGUACACAAGCUGGGAUGCAGCACCGCCUCCUACAAGCCAGGCUCCACCGUCUUGACCUACGAAAAGGAGCUCACUGUCGCUGCAGGUCAGCCCGCCUCCCAGCAGGCUUUGCUUGGAUGUCCCGGAGACUCUGAGGCUUCUUCCAGCAGCGAGGGCAGCAACGCCACCGGCGACUCUGGCCGCUUUUCGCAUGACGAGACGGAGAUGACCAACCUGUCGUCUGGUCCGAGCAGCCGGCAGCCGUCUGUGUCAGCGGAGGACAGUGGUGGAGGUGAAGAUGAAGAAGAAUAUGCGGGUCAGAUGGUGCAAGAGAGUGAUUUGAGGUUGGUGGAGAACCUCAGGUGUCAUCAGGAAACUCAGAGAAUUCAGCUUUUGCUCUCAGUGUGUGAGGUUGUGUGAGUGUGUGUGUGCGUGGGAGUGGUAGUACACUUGCAACAAACUUGAUCCCAAACUUCCACUAAAGGCUUUUUUUUUUUAAAUCCUUGUGAGUAGCAAGUGUAGCACGUGUGACUGGAGUGUGAAUGUUUUUUUUUUUUUACUUUAAAGCCUUUAUUCUCUUUUGUUUGAAGCCUGCUCAACGUUUACCUAAAACCAGUUGUCGGGCUUUUUCUUUUCACUCCUUUUUAUUUGUCUUUUGAAAAGAAAAAAAACCCUCACCUACCAUGAAUGUUUAAAAAAAGACCUUAUUUAAGAGAGUUUAUCACUGGAGUGGAAAGGAAAGUGGAACCCUUUCUCAAUGAUUAUCUACCUCGGUUUGCCCCGCGAGUCAAACCAUAUUUAAGAACUACCGCGUUAUGUGGCGUUACAUAACGGUGAUACUUCCUGAAUGUCAUACCAUUUCGUCCCUUAUUUUACUGGAAUUGAAGGGCGCUGCUGCUUCCAUUCCCUACUCGUGGUGCUGGAUGGAAAACACACAUUUGUCUCCUCAGAGGUCGCUGGGGAUCAUGAGCCAGUAUUAAUUAGAGUUUUCUAUUCCAUUAUUGAGUAAUGGCAUGUGACGCAAAAAAUGUUUGUUUGAGUGUUGUCGGUGGGCAGCUGUCCUGGCUCUUCCUGUUUUUAUACUACCUCCGAAUGAUUUGAUUGUCUUUGUUGGCUCUCCUAACCUCAGGGAACAAGGUUUAGUACAUUUGAAAACGUCAUGUAGUGUUACAUGGUCAACUGACAGGGUAUCUUCUAAGUACUAAGCUAUGUGUGUAAUUGCCGAAUAGAUUUGCUAUGAAUGUAUUUCUGUGCCAGUAGCUCAGACCUCCCCCUUUUGCCUUUUUUUGUAUUGUUUACCUUCUACCUCUACCUCCACACAUGCAUGCAGUGUUACAUAGGUUCAGAAAAGCUUAAAAAUUGGCCUUAAUGUGGUUGCGUCUCUCUGAGAGCCUCGUCUUUCUCAGGUAGACAAUACACUGCAUGAAGUAUGAUUGUAUUGAACUAAUGUUUGAAAAUACCUAUAAUAAUUAAGGAUGAAAGUGAAGAUUUAACAUAAUGUCCUGAAAAUCAAUAUUUUUCUUAGAAGCUUUGUACUAUUGAGUACACAAUGUAGUGGAAUCUAGUUCCAGGUAUCUUUUUGUUGUUGUUUCUUCCAGAGUAGAUCAAAUUAGCACUUGUCUGCCAAGUAGUUUUUGUAUUAGCAGGCCAAUGUGCAGCGGUGACUGGGGCUAUUUACCCAAAGACCUUGUUUGCUUACCUGACUUUAUUUUAAUUAUAAUCACUCAGCUGACAGGGAGAAAUGUGGAAUAAUCACACACAUUAUUAGACCAAAGAUGAUCAGCUGAGGUGAUGCUCCUCACAACAAAGCCUUGCACAUUAGUGGCCUUGAAGUAUGAUAAUGUUGCGAACAAAAGUUCUCCAGGGAGGUGCCUGCAGCAUUCACAGGCAACCUGACCCAUGAUGGAGGGGCAACAACUAAUCAAGUCUUAUUAUGCAGACAAAACAAAUGAUCCUCAUGCAGAGCUUUUCCAAAACUGCUGCAAUCAGAUGUAGAUGUUUGUAUAUUGUAGGUGAAAGGCUAUUUGUGUUGCAGCACGGCGGCCAUGUACUUGCAAUUGGGCACCCACUCAUAUUUCAUUUAAAUAGGUUUUCUUUGAAAGGGAUGGGCAUUCAUCGAUUGUUAGAAAUUUUGUUGAUUUUGUGAAAUUCAUUGUUGAUUACAGGCACCUUAAAGUGAAGUAUUUCUAGAAUGUAUUUCUUCAUGAUGUUGCUUGCAGCAAAUAAAAAGUCCUAAGGCAGUAUCUUGUAAAACUAAAUAAAAACAUGAAAAAGUUCAAUAUUAUAAAUGACUGGUUUACGCUCUAAUCAAAAAAUCUUCCUGAGUAUUUAAUUGGGCUCUGUCUUAAUUGAAUUCCUCAAAUCAAUUACAUUUUGCACCAUAUUUUAAUUUAGGAUAUGUCCACACAAAUACGAAUAUUUUCUAUGGUAGUUUGUGUAAUUUUUUUUUCUCAUUCCACAUAACAUAUUCACCGGUUGUCAUGUGCUUCUUAUUCAAUUGCAAGUCAAAAGAAGCAACUACAGCUGACUUUGGGGCUCUAUACGCCUUUUUUUUAUGAAUGUAGAGACAUAUGUUCAUCCUGUACAUUAUCUUUAAAAUCCGCACACACUUAAACAAGCCCAGGAAACCUGACACGUUUCAUUAGUGCUGUCAAGAGAAUACAUUUUUCACAACACUUUUGCAUUUUGAUUGAGAUUAAUCGCAGUAAAAAAAAAAUUAUGUCAGAACGUAGUGAGAUUAUCCCAUUCUAAAAUGAAUGGUUCCAUUCAUUUUAAUCAAGCAACAUAGUUAAAUGCUCAUCCCUAAGCAAUGGAAAUCAUAUAUAAUUUUGUCCAAAUGGAGAUGUUGGCAGUUUUACUGAGGAAUGACUGCAGUGAUGAGGUGAGUGGGUCUACAAAUGUUCUUCCAUUGCUGUUUAUAAUCAGAGGACUCUGAAGAAGAGGAUUCAAUCAAGGGGGGGAUUUUGAGUGGAAAGUGACACAAUCAGUUAUUUUGUUUUCAGGGGCAAACAGAAUAAACCAAAGAUGAUUUUUAAAAGGUCACCGCUGCAUAUUGGCAGGAAGAGAUCAGUAGAAAUACAUCCUGUUUAUGUGUACAUUGUUGUCAUUUUCAGUCCCCUCAUGUUACGAUCAUGUCUACUAUAAUCUGUUUUUGCUGCUUUUCAUCAGUGGAAUUUGAAGCAUGACCUGCUGCACUAAACUUAAAAGUAUUUUAAUGUAAUCUCAACCUGAUAUAACUUUGUUCUACCUCCAGACAUUUUCAGCUUUCCUUAAAUUGUGCAGCUAAAGUGUAUUUUGUUGAGUGAUGUUUGUGAGUCUGGUCAAAAUGUCACUUGUUCACAUAAGAGAACAUCCUCGGAUGUCGUCCUGGUCUCUUCUCAUGUCGUCCUGUCCGAUCAUUUAAAUUCAAAGGGAUUUGAACUUUGAGUCUACCAGUGGACUGACUUACUUGUGGUGUCCCUUUUGGCAGUAAUGUUGUGUGAUGAAUGACGAAAUCAAGUGUCGAGCGCCGUGGGUUAUUAUUUUCUUUUUCUUAUUAAACUCAGGUGAACCCCGAGCUGCUUCUACUCUAAAGAGAAAGUCUUGAAAAUUGAAUGUAUCGCUUGUAAUUAAGAUGCUUUUGUUUGUUCAUGCUUUAUGUUUUGUCUGUUCGUUUUUGCCAUUAAGAAUUAUUUUUUGCUUUAAAUGUUUUUUUGGGCGGUUUUACACUGUGGUUACUUAUGAAAAGUCUGAUUUUCAGUUUGAUUAAUAAUAAAAAUAUUACAAAACGUU